AUGGCGCCCUUGGGGCUCCUGAUGACUGGCGCCUCCUUCGCCGCGUUCCGGGGGCUGCACUGGGGGCUGCAGCUGCUGCCCACGCCCGGAUCUGCUGCUUAGGGCCGUUGGAAGUGGCGGAACAUGUGUGUCUCGCUGGUGCACAGCCUGCUCGCGGGGGCCGGGGCGCUGCCCCGGCUGUCGUUGUACCCUCAAAUGACCGCCGACCCGAUUCAUGGUCACCCGCCCUGGGCCCUGGUGCUGGUGGCUGUGUCUGUGGGUUAUUGCCUGGCAGAUUGAGCUGACAUGCUGUGGAACCAGACCUUAGGACAGGCCUGGGAACUUCUCUGUCACCAUUUGGUGGUAGCAAGCUGCCUCAGCACCGCUGUUCCAUCUGGCCACUAUGUGGGCGUCUCCAUGUUGUCUCUGCUCCUGAACUCUGCCUGCUUGCGCCUGCGAAAAUUGCUGCUGCUUUCUUACCAGGCCCCAUCCUUGGCCCUCAGCAUGACCAGCUGGGCUACCCUGGCCACCCUGGCCCUCUUCCAUCUGGUCCUACUGGAGUGGAUGAGUCUGUGGCUACUCCAGCAGCACUACCAGGUUCCUCUUGCUCUGGUUGUCCUUGGUGGAAUUGGGCUGGUCACUGUGAGUGUCAUGUGCAUCACACUAGGUGUACACAUUCUGGUCAUUGAUGUCCUGCAGUCUUGGCCCCACCCACCCAUCCCUGGGCACAAGGAAACCAGGGGGACUAGGACAUCUUGGGAUGGUGAGCCUGUUACCACGGAUGAUUCCACUCUCACUUUUAGCCUGAAAGACUAA